AUGCCGGCUGGAUUUGGGGUUGGGGUUCGGCGGGGCUGUGGAAUAAUUAGGCAUACUUUUUUAGUGCCGGCUUUAUAUCGAAAUCACUUCAUUCAAUAUAAACUUGGCGGAAAUGUCACAUAUCAGUCAUUGAGAUACAGUAGCUGGAAUGCUAUGAAGAAAAGCCGUUCCAAGGCUGUAACUUACGAUUACAAGCAGGGGAAAAGAAGAAUUAGAAGUCAGCAGGAAUUGGAUGAUGAGGAAGAUAAAGUAAAAGUUGACAAAGCUACCAAAUCUGGUUCUCUAAUUAAAAAAUGGGGAGCAAUAGCUUCGACGCACAAAUUUAAUAAGAAAGCGACCAAAUGGUAUGUUGCCAUAUAUGGUGUAUUUCUUGUGUAUGGAAUGUAUUACUUCAAGAAGCUAUACUCAAAAGAAACAGAGAAGAAGGCCAUUUUGGAUAAGAGAGACAAGGAGGGAUUUAUCUCUGAAUGGGAGAGGUUGCGAGUGAGGGAACUUUCUGGGGAUUUGGUUCGAACCAGAGACCAAGAGAAAUUGGAUGCAUACCAUAAGUUGAAGGACAUUUACGACGAGAAAUUGAAGAAGUGCCAAACUGAAGAAGAAAAACAGGCAUUAGGAAAGUUCGAUCCCGAACCUGAGGAUAUCGAGGGAGUCAUUGAUCGCCGGUUGGAUCGUUCCGUUCUUCCUUCACGGGAUUUAUCCGGAUUUUACGAUAAAAUAGCAGAAAAAUACGACAGGCAAGUUGGAAGAGAGGAAUUGAUGAUGGGUAUGGGUAGAAAAAGAAAGUGGGUCAUGAGACAGUGUAAAGGUGAUGUCUUGGAGGUGGCAUCUGGAACGGGGAGAAACUGUAAAUGGAUGAAUCCGGCACUGGUAACAUCGUAUACUUUCUUGGAUCCAUCGAAGGAGAUGAUGAAAAAGGCAUAUGAAAAAUUCAAAAAGAGGUGGCCGGACUUCUCAAAGGUGAAAUUUGUGGUAGGCAAGGCUGAAGAUUUAAAGAAGAUUUCUUCGGCAGGAGACAAGAAUGAACCAUUCAAAUACGAUACAAUUGUGGAGACGUUUGGAUUAUGCUCAGAGAAAGAUCCAGUGCAGUCAUUAAAGAACAUGAAAGCACUCCUUAAACAGGGAGGAAGAAUCAUUCUUCUUGAACAUGGACGCUCUUCAUGGGACUUGGUGAACAAGAAAUUGGAUAAGGAUGCGCAGAGACACUCUGAUAAGUGGGGAUGCAGAUGGAACUUGGACAUAGGGGAGAUAGUUGAUGAUGCGGGCUUGGAAAUAACGAAAGAGAAAAGAGCAUACUUGGGAACUAACUGGAUGGUUAUUUGCAAACGGCCUGAGGAUAUUAUUGACUACGAUGAAUUGAACUUCUUUGAAAAGUACUUUAGUGUCAAUAGAAUGAAGAACUUUGACUCUUCGCUUGGUCCAAAUGAAGCUUUUGGUAGUAAGACCGCUAAAAGUACGAGUAUGCAGCCAAAGGACGAAAAAAACGCUUAA